GCACGAAGAUGUUCACCUUGCCUGUCCACUCGGAUGCACGAGACAAUCAUUCGUCGCUGGCAGCCAGUUCAGCACUGGACACAGCCGCUAUUGAUCGGGGGUGCCGAGUGCGGGGGUAAAGAGACCCCCGAAGAAUCAUCCCCCGACAGCUACAGCUAACAGUGAAGGUCGUCGGUGGUGUUGGUAUUCGCCAGCAUGAAGGACCGGGCCGAUGCCGAACUUCUGCAGGAGCAGCACCGCGCAAGGAGGGAGCUGGAAAAAGCGAAAAUGAAACUGGCUCCUUCUGUGUGGCCGACAGCUAUUGCUGCUAUUAUUGCUAUCUUUUCUUGUCUAGCCUUUAGUAUUUUCUUUCAUCGUGGUUUGAGUGGAUUUUCAAAGCAGAUAAAUGCAUUCAUUUCCAUUGGAGAACUCGCCUCAUUCUGGUUGCAAGCACUGUUAUUUCUUAUCACUGCAAGUGUCAUAAUCUACUUAUUCUUUGCCUAUCUCGCCUCAGCACGUGUAUUUUCGAAUGCCCUCCGACUUUGUGGUUCUCCCUGCCUUCUGUUUUUUUCUUCAUUCACUUCACAAGGAUUUCUCUUGCUUUGGGUUAUAGUAACGUGCUUCAUAUUUUCGAUGUUCCUGAUAUACUUCCUGUUCAUUGGCGGCAUAUAUUCUUUUUGUGCUCUGGUCGAUCAGCAGUGUUUCGAUUUCAAAGUACUGAUACCAGCCAUAGUCAAUCGGUUCAGCAACAAGAAGAUGGACAUGACAUUCUGUGCAGAAAAAAAGGAAAUCCUAUGCUCAAAGAACAACAACCAAGUGUGGAACUUUUUCCUAGCUUUCAUACUUGCUUUGGUAACUUUGGGAGCUAUGCUUUUCCUGCAAAACGCUGUCGUUUACGGUUUGGGAAAACGGCAAGCAGCAAAGGAGCGAAGACAGAGAGAAAGGCACGAACAAAAGGAGAGAUACGAGAUGAAGGCAAUAAGCUGAUAGCCGUGCUUAGGUCUUUGUACAUAUGUAAAUACAAUAAAUCUUAUAGAACCUGUG